AUGAUUGGCUACCGGGACAGAGCCCACCAACAGGAGCAAAGCAGAGGGGCGGGAUCUGAGAGGGCUGUGGCCCAGAUAGAGAUGGACCCUGUGGUCCAGGAACGUCUGUCUGUCCUGCAGAGGGCCGUGGCCCAGAUAGAGAUGGACCCUGUGGUCCAGGAUCAGCGCCGUGGCCCAGAUAGAGAUGGACCCCUGGUCCAGGAACGUCUGUCUGUCCUGCAGAGCGCCGUGGCCCAGAUAGAGAUGGACCCCCUGGUCCAGGAACGUCUGUCUGUCCUGCAGAGCGCCGUGGCCCAGCUAGAGAUGGACCCUGGUGUAAAAGACUGUCUGUCUGUCCUGCAGAGGGCCGUGGCCCAGAUAGAGAUGGACCCCCUGGUCCAGGAACGUCUGUCUGUCCUGCAGAGGGCCGUGGCCCAGCUAGAGAUAGACCAUAGACGGCUACAGAGGAGGAACACACUGCUGGAACAACGCACUGACAGACUGAAGACUGAGAGGAAACACCUCAGAGAGAUGCUGACACAGACGGAGAGAGGAUCAUCACGUGAUGGGUUGUCCUCCAGCAGCCUCAGAGACAGAGCUCAGGAGUCCAGGGGCUUGGUUGGUCUGGAAACAGAGGAGUUGGGAGUCCUUAGGACCAAGGUGAAGGAGCUAGAGAACCAGGUACACUACCUACAGCUGACACUCGUCCUCGACCACCGGGAGAGGCUGGAGUUUAUCCAACACUCCUCCAGGAACAACCAAUGGCUGGUGUCUCUUCGCCAAGACUUGACUGAUUCUCUGGUGUUGGUCUCACAGCAACCAAUCCCCUCUGUGCUGGAGUCAGAGACACACCGAUUGGAUAGGAGUGUCAGGGAGGAGGAGAUGAGAUUGUCUCUCAGUCAGAGUUGAAGAUGAAGCACAGAAUGUUUGCCUCCGAAAUGGCACACUAUUGUCUUCCAGGGCUCUGGUCAAAAGUAGUGCACUAUAUCUGAAAUAGGGUGCCAUUUGGGUCAAAAGUAGUGCACUAUAUCUGAAAUAGGGUGCCAUUUGGGUCUAAAGUAGUGCACUAUAUCUGGAAUAGGGUGCCAUUUGGGUCUAAAGUAGUGCACUGUAUCUGGAAUGGGGUGCCAUUUGGGUCUAAAGUAGUGCACUAUAUCUGGAAUAGGGUGCCAUUUGGGUCUAAAGUAGUGCACUAUAUCUGGAAUAGGGUGCCAUUUGGGUCUAAAGUAGUGCACUGUAUCAGGAAUAGGGUGCCAUUUGGGUCUAAAGUAGUGCACUAUAUCUGGAAUAGGGUGCCAUUUGGGACUCAACCUAUGUAUAAUGAACAAAGAUAUAAACAUAACAUGCAACAAUAUCAACAAUUGUACUGAGUUCCACUUCAUAUUUACUCAAUUGAAAUAAAUUCAUUAGGCCCUAAUCUAUGGAUUUAACAUGACUGGGCAGGGGCACAGCCAUGGGUGGGCCUGGGAGGGCAUAGGCCCAACUAAUCAGAAUGAGUUUUUCCCCACAAAAGGGCUUUAUUACAGACAGAAAUACUCCUCAGUUUCAUCAGCUGUCUGGAUGGCUGGUCUCAAACGAUCCCACAGGUGAAGAAGCUGGAUGUGGACCUCCUGGGCUGGCAUGGUUACACGGGGUCUGCGGUUGUGAGGCUGGCUGGACGUAUCGCCAUAUUCUCUAAAAUGACAUUGGAGGUGGCUUAUGGUAGAGAAAUUAACAUUCAAUUAUCUGGCAACAGCUCUGGUGGACAUUCCUGCUGUCAGCAUUCCAAUUGCACCCUCCUUCAAAACUUGAGACAUCUGUGGCAUUGUGUUGUGUGACAAAACUGCACAUUUUAGAGUGGCCUUUUAUUGUUCCUAGCACAAGGUGCACCUGUGUAAUGAUCUUGCUGUUAAAUAAUAAUAAUAAUAAUAUAUCCCAUUUAGCAGACGCUUUUGUCCAAAGCGACUUACAAGUCGGCUGGGGCCACUACUUUUACAUAUGGGUGGCCCCAGCGGGAAUCGAACCCACGACACUUGGCGUUGCAAGCGCCAUGCUCUACCGACUGAGCCACACAGUUAAAUCAGCUUCUUGAUAUGCCACACCUGUCAGGUGGAUGGAUCAUCUUGGCAAAGAAGAAAUGCUCACUAACAGGGAUGUAAAUUAAUUUGUGCACAACUUUAAAUGUUGUGUUUAUAUUUUUGUUCAGUGUAGUUAUCAUAUACCUUUUAUGCGUUUGAAUCCGAGUUGGGGUCAAUUCACUUUUCAAUGUAGUCAAUUCAGGAAGUGAAUAUUUUUCCAAUUCAUGAAAGCCCGAUUCUGACUUAGGAGGCCUCUCAUACCCACUUCAGUAGUUGGUAUUCAGACUUAUGAAGGUGUGUAACGCGCUUUUCUUUUGAGCUCGCUGAAUACAUUGAAUUAAACCGCUGAAAACCCUCCCACUUGCUGGGCGA